CACGUGGCGGGUGUGAGGGGAGGCCCGCCCCCGCGGUCACGUGUCUCUUUCCGGGCGGCGGCAGCUGCCGCCGCCUGCGAGGCGCAUGCGCAGACGUCCGCGCCGAGGGGACCGCUGGGCUGCAGCAGCUGCGGCGCGCGGCGGCCGCUCCCUGGCAGUGCUCGCUAAGAUGGCGGACUUCCUGCCGUCCCGCUCCGCGCUGUCGGGCUGCUUCCCCGGCUGCCUGCUGACCAGCACCGAGGCCGAGCAGCAGCGCAAGUCCAAGGAGAUCGACAAGUGCCUGAACCGCGAGAAGACCUACGUGAAGCGCCUGGUCAAGAUCCUGCUGCUGGGCGCGGGCGAGAGCGGCAAGUCCACCUUCCUCAAGCAGAUGCGGAUCAUCCACGGGCAGGACUGGGACCGCACGGCCCGCGAGGAGUUCCGCGCCACCAUCUACAGCAACGUGAUCAAAGGUGUGAGAGUCCUCGUAGAUGCUCGAGAGAAACUUCAUAUUCCCUGGGGAGAUCCUGACAACCAGAAUAAUGGGGAUAAGAUGAUGGCUUUUGAUACUCGGUCAACAAUGGUGGCACAAGGGAUGGUGGAGACUCAGGUUUUUUUACAGUACCUUCCAGCAAUAAAAUCACUGUGGGCAGAUAAUGGAAUCCAGCAUGCCUAUGACAGACGCAGAGAAUUCCAACUGGGGGAAUCUGUAAAAUAUUUCCUGGACAACUUGGAUAAACUUGGAGAAUCGGAUUAUCUUCCAACACAGCAAGAUAUUCUGCUGGCACGAAGACCCACGAAAGGGAUUCAUGAGUACGACUUCGAAAUAAAAAAUGUUCCCUUCAAGAUGGUUGAUGUAGGUGGCCAAAGAUCAGAAAGGAAACGUUGGUUUGAGUGCUUCGACAGUGUCACAUCGAUACUUUUCCUGGUCUCCUCAAGUGAAUUCGACCAGGUGCUCAUGGAGGAUCGGCUAACAAAUCGCCUUACAGAAUCACUGAACAUUUUUGAAACAAUAGUCAACAACCGGGUUUUCAGCAACGUCUCCAUCAUUCUAUUUCUAAAUAAGACAGACUUGCUUGAGGAAAAAGUACAAAAAGUGAGCAUCAAAAACUAUUUCCCAGAGUUCGAAGGGGAUCCCCACUGCUUAACAGACGUCCAAAAAUUCCUGGUGGAUUGUUUUCGUACCAAACGCCGGGACCAACAGCAGAAACCCCUAUACCACCACUUCACCACUGCUAUUAACACAGAAAACAUCCGGCUGGUUUUCCGUGACGUCAAGGAUACCAUUCUUCACGACAACCUCAAGCAGCUUAUGCUACAGUGAUGUGCAAAAAGACAUUUUUAUUUGAAUACCUUUUGUGUUUUUAAAAUUGGAUUUUUCUUCUCUUGCUGUAAACCACAAGUCCUGUCAGACUUCUUGAUGUGUGGCUGAAAGCUGCUGCUGAGCACAUUAUUGCCAAUUUCUGCUGAAAUUGCGGCUUUAAUCUCUUCCACUGUAGCUUUGAGUUGACUCAGUUAUAAUUUUAUAGCAAACCUAAGUCCAAAUAACCUGUAAGGUGACUAAACUUGACCUCUAGUGCUUGUAUGUUGCAAAAAGUCUAUCUAGAAAACACACUCCACCAUCAAAAUUCCAAGUCCAGACUUCAGUGUAACAUUCAUCGGAAUUACGUUAGACUUGUAGUAGUAGUUUUUGAAAACUGUUCCUUUUCACCUCUUCCUUAAAACUAUAAUGAAGACUGUGAUAAUAUAGCUGACUUUGAUUUCUCAGGUC